AUGGCAGAAUUGAAGCUACAUGGAUUUUGGUAUAGCCCCUUAACGUUAAGGGUGAUAUUGACCCUAAAGUUGAAGGGUAUAACAUAUGAGUAUAUAGAAGAAGAUCGCUUCAAUAAGAGCCCUCAACUUCUUGAAUACAACCCUGUGCAUAAGUUGACUCCAGUGCUUGUUCAUCAUGGAAAAUCCAUUUGUGAGUCUAUGAUUAUUGUUGAAUACAUUGAUGAGGUUUGGCCACAGAAUCCUUUGGUUCCUCAUGAUUCCUAUGAUAGAGCUCAAGCAAGAUUUUGGGUUGCAUAUGCUGAUCAAAUGAUUCCUGCCGUUAAGCCACUAUUCCACAUCAUCAGUGAUGAUGAAGUGCGAGAAAAAGCCAUAGAGAGGGUCCAAGAACAUCUCAAAGUUAUUGAUAAUCAAUGCCUAAUUGAUCAGAAGUUCUUUAAUGGUGACCAUAUUAACUUUGUGGACAUAGCUUUGGGGUCAGUUAUCCAAUUUCUUGUAACCAUAGAAGAUUUGAAUCAACUGAAGGUCAUGGAAGCUCAUAAAUUCCCUCACCUAUAUUCACGGUUUAGUAAUUUCAAGGAUUCCCCAAUUGUUAAAGAAAACAUCCCAAAUAGUGAGAAAUUAAUAGCUUGUAUCAAGCUUGUGAGAGAAAAAAUGUAUGCACAUUCUUAAGAAAAUAUCUUUUAUUAUAGAGUGAAUUUUGU